AUGCCACUGCCGUCUGAAGACUCAUCGUCACUACCAUCCGGUUCGAAUUCUCUGGAAAAUUCGUCUGAUUUUUGCAUGACAGUUGGAAUGCCAUCUUCAAAAAGCUCUACCAAAGUUUCUACAUCAAACAUUCGACCUCCUUUUAAUAUAGCUAACAUUCUAUCACCUCAAAAUGAGACAAAGACGUCAAGUAGUAGACAGAGUGGAGACCAUAUUCAAAUCACUGAAAAUAAUAAAUAUGUUCAGAACACAAAUCCACUUUUAAAUUAUGGUGAAUCAACCUCUUUGGAAGCGCAAAACGUUAUUGAAACUGUGUCUGUUUCAAACCAUUACUCAGAUUGUGAUGACAGAAUAGCUGGGGAUUCAAACGACACGCAUAUUGCAAUAGAUGCAUUAUUUGAUGCAAUUAGGUAUCGCGAUGCUCAAGUAAAACUUGAGCAAGCUGAAAAAACUAUUACUGAUUUGAUUAUGAAGUUUUCUGAACCCCAAGAUUGCUCAACACCUAUUGAUCUGAGUGUACGGAGCUCUAGACGUGAUGAAAAGGGCAGUGACUCAGUCGAAGCAAACUCUCCCAGUGACGUUGUUACCCAAUCCUCUCUAUUGCCAAUUUUGAAUCUAUUGAAAAGCCAAUCAGAUCCUAAGAUAUCUUUAGAUUUGUACAAAUCAAGCUCUUAUGGAAAGCAAUUGUAUGAUCUCUACAGUCCAUGUUUAUAUGAUAUUCUAAGGGUUAGAGAAAAGUUAUAUAUUUUACAUAAGAUGCGCCUCCGACAAUCUGAAGAAAAUAGGACAAUUAGUAUUACUUCAGAGUCUACCUCAGUUCUUACAAUCACAACCAGUACGGCUUCUUCCUCUUCCAGUUAUAAGGAAGCCUUGAGUCCUAGUAAAUGUUCGUCGCAUAAUCCGGUGACAAAUACUCAAAAUAACCUUCAAAAUGCAUUUAUAACCUGUCCAAAUAAUGUACAGAAGACUAAUGAAAUCCAGGAAAGUCAAACAGCCUCAACUUCCCAUUCCCUUGAACAGUCUACACCUCCUGAAUCCAGAAUAAGUGAACAUGAAUCAGAAGAGUAUGAAAAGGAUGUGGAUGUGACGAAUUUGCAGUCGAACGAUGAAAGUACUGACAUUGGUCAAUGUACAAGCCAGAACUACACUAAUCCCUUCGAUAGUCCUUUAUCUUUACUAUCUUUUGUAUGUGAACUGAAGCGAUGUGAAGAAAAACUCAGGCAAGAAUCUUUGAUGUCAUCUGAGCUGAGUGAUUCAGUUAUUGCUAAUACAAUUGAAUUACAAUCUUCACAGCCAGAAGAAUCUUCAUGUUCCCAUAACCUAUCGUCAUUGCCUUCCACGAGUAAAACAUCGCCUACUCGUCAUCAUAGUGGUAAACGACGUCAAGUUUCAAGUCCAUUAGAAGAGCAUAAAAGACUGAAUAUUGAAAGUGAAUUUAGUCAAGCUCCAUCGAAAAGUAGACGAGGUUCAAGUUUCAGAUCACCAAAGUCUACAGUCUCUAGACAACAUAUAGAUCCACUGAAUAGUCGAGCUGUUUCAUCAACCAACAGAAAACCAACAACUAGUCAGAUUUCUAGACUAUCAUGCUCAUUUCCAACUAUAACACUUCAUCAGUCUUCAAACUUCAGUCAACAAGGCAAAUUGAAUGAAUCUGGAAGCAAUGUAGAAUUAGUCAAUAAAAUUGGUAUUCAUGGAUGUUCUUCAUCUACUCCUUCUGUCUCACCAUUGUCAUCUUCAGUACCAACUAGAGAUUCAUCUGUCAGUUAUCCUACACGUCUGUCUGACACAUUCUGGUGGGAUUCAAAGCGUCCAGUAUCAAGCAGCACUACAGGUGUGGAUAAAUUCCAACAACUGAGUGUUGAUGUUCAGGAUCAUGGAUUUACACGUGGUGAUAAAGACAACCAGACUGGUUCAUUUGUCGUCCCAAGAGAUGAUUGUCGAUCAUCAGGAGGAACGAACAAUCGACUAUCGACACCAGAAAUUCGACGAAAUGAGUUUGACUUGUCAGAUCUGUCGGAUGGAACAAGAGUGUUGGUUAUAAAAGAUACUUAUCUGCUUCCUGGAACUAUAUAUAUGGAAAGAGACCAUUCUCCAUUAGCUAUUCAAACUAGCCUGUCUAGUGAUUACCUACGUGAUCGAAUAUUCCGUAUACAAUUGGACAGUGAGAAGUGUAAUCGCUCAACUGGCCCACGUGUUGCUAAUGAUAAUCAUUUCACAACAUCUAGUCAUAGUAAUAACACCAAUGGGACAUCAUCACGACGCCAGCCGUCAUCACUGUCACCAUCGAAUGGCUGUUUACAGACGCCAUCUACCGCCAACAAUACAAAUUUUUGCAACACAUCACCUGGUUCAAACAGAAGACGCCAAAUGGACCUAUUACUCUAUGGAUGGCAAGUUGUACAACAAGCUGUCCUAGAAGUAUUCCCCGACUCAAUUCAUCAUGUCCCGCCGGGAACACGUGUGUGUGCAGCGUGGAGUGAUAAGUUGGGAGUCAAUCUUUAUCCUGGAACAGUCGUUGAAGAUUCUUUUACAAAUUUAUGUGAAUUAGCUGAUAUAACCGGUGGUGAGCCUCACACAAUGAAUGGUCUGUCACCCUAUUUGAUCCCUUCAAAUUCUGUGAAUUGUGUGAGAAAUGCAGUUGUGUCACGAAUGCGCCGUCAUAGCGGUGUCGAUCGUAACAUUCGAAGAUUAUCAUAUAAUUCUUGGUCUCUGUCAGAAACUCCCAUUUCAUUGUGCUCUCCCCAAACAAGUACAAAUUCCAUAGCAAAUUCCACAUCUAGUUUACUCGACGACACUGCAUACGAACCAAAUCCGCGUGUCGUACGUACUAAAAGUUUUGAAAUCUGUGGAUAUUCGACUUCCUCAGACAUAACGAUGCGAUGCAAUCUUGAUUCGGGUGAAUCCGUUUCAAAUACUAUAUGCAUUCCAAGAACUAUAAAAACUCCUAUUAUUAGUAGAGGAGGCAACAUUGGUCCAUGGAGCAUCCUUGAAAAGUACAAACAUCGUAAACGCAGAUGUACAUUUUGUCGGUCAAUUAUUCGUAAUGUGGAUGGUUUGGUUGUUGAACUCGGUGAUUGUGUACAGCUCCGUUCCGAUCGUGAUGAGUUAUAUCUUGGAAAAGUCAGGGAGAUUCGUUGUAACGGUGAAAAACACUCACCGACUGUGGUGACUGCAUGGUAAUUUUUAAUUCCUAUGAUUAUUAUUACUAUUACUAUUAUUGUUAUUAUUAUUAUUAUUGCAUAUCUAAUAUUGUUUCCAUUAGCCGUAAUAAUAGUAGUGGUAGUCUCUAAAGUCUAUCGAAAUACAUCCUAAAACAUUCAAACUGCUUUCAUUUUUAGGCCAUUACAUUACACUUUGAAACCGUCAGUCUAUAAUCAUAAUGAAAUCCACUCCCUUUUACCUAAUAUUUGACUAGGACUUUAUUUGAUUAGAUUUGGACAGUGUUAGGAAAUAGGAGGAUGGUGGGAACAUUUAAAGUUCUGCAGAGGAUGUAAGCCAGAUGCAGAUAUCUCACCGUCGAUUGUUUUUCAGCCAAAUCAUAGACAGUCGUGGAUUACUGGUCUCUAGCAUAUUUGGUCAACGCGAGAUCGCGAGGCUCUCGGUGAAAUGAACGACAUUGUUGAACUCUUCUCAGACUUCUGCUCCCUCAAUGAUUUGGUGAUUGGUGGCAGUGUGUUCAAACACAAAGAUAUACACAAGACGACAUGGAUUUCACCAGAUGGAAACAUCAGAAACCAAAUAGACUUCAUCUCAAUUUCAAGAAUGUGGAGACGGAGCCUACUGGACACAAGGUUGAGAAGAGGAGCCGAUGUGGGUUCAGACCACUACCUAGUACAAGGGACCUCCAAGGUGAAACUAAAAGCCCCGAGGAUAGCUGGGGAUAGGCCACAAUGCAAGUUCAACACUCAAAACCUGAAGGACACAACCACAAAGGACACCUUCACUGCAACUGUCAGAGCAAAGCAGGAAACACUACGCGACAUCACGGAAGAAUCAUGCGUGGAAGAACAUUGGAAGUCUCUGGAGGUGAUUUUCAACGAAACGUGUUCGACGGUUGUAGGAAGAAAGAAGAGACAAGAC